CUCAUCUCUAUUCGGCAUUAUUGCUUUCUCUUCUAAUAACCAUUGACCUUAGAUUCUUUGAUGGACGUGUCUUCUUCUCUUUUGUUUUUCACAAAAUUCAGAGUGUUAGCCGACGUUUUCAUCCAUUGUUUCGGGGACGACGUCCGUAGAAAUUUUGUCUCACAUCUGAGUUCUGCCCUUUUACAGGCUGGAGUAAAACCUUACCUCCUAGUUGACAUGGAAAUGUUGUCGGAAAAAUUUAUGUCAUCAAUUACAAGGUUUCAGAUUGGAAUAGUUGUUCUCACCAAGGCAUACAUCGAAUCAUCUCAGUGUGUUGAAGACCUUGUGAGAAUCAUUGAAUGUCUCGAAACUCACUGUCUAAUAGUUAUGCCCGUGUUUUACGAUAUUGACCCAUCUGAUGUACUUGAUAUCACAAAUUAUUCAUCCCAUGUACGUGAUCAGAAGGAGCGUGAAUUCCAAAGGCCAAUUGAUCUUUCGAAAGAUAAUUCAAGAGAUGGGAGGACAAAGUGGACUCCGAUUAAGGCAGAAAGAUUCAACUCUCCAGUCAUAGUACACACUUAUGCGGCGAGCUACGCACUCAACAGAGUUGCAAAUUUGUCUACUUGGGAUGAGAGUAAACACAGGAAUGAUGCUGAACUAGUGGAGGAAAUUGUUAAGUCUGUUCUCGCUAAACUAGACCGCGUCUUGCCUGUAACUAAAUUUCCUAUUGAAUUAGAAACCCAUGUCAAAAAUGUGAUUGGAUUGUUUGAAAAUCAACCCAACAAAGUUUGUAUGAUCGGGAUAUGGGGAAUAGGAGGAUCGGGUAAAACAACCUUAGCGAAAGCCAUCUACAACAAAAUUCCUUUUACAUUUGGUGAUAAAAGUUUCAUUCAAGAUAUUAGAGAAGUUUGUCAAACAGAUGGCAGAAGAGGCCUUGUUCAUUUACAAGAACAACUUCUCUCAGAUGUCCUUAAAAAUGUGAAAACAGAGAGUGGUGACAUGGAAAAAACUACUAUCGAGAACAGUCUUUCUAGAAGAAAGUUGUUUAUUGUGCUUGAUGAUGUGCAUGAGAUAGACCAAUUAAAACACCUAUGUGGAAACAGUAAAUGGUUUGGUGCGGGAAGUGUAAUAAUCAUUACCAGUAGACAUUUAGACCUGCUUUAUCAUCAUAAAGUUGAUUAUGUUUAUGAGAUGAAUGAACUGGACGAAAAUGACUCGGUUGAGCUUUUUAGUUGGCAUGCUUUUAGAGAAGCAAAACCAAGAGAAAACUUCAAUAAACUUGCAAGAACAGCCGUUGCUUAUUGUGAUGGACUACCACUCGCUCUUGAAGUCCUUGGUUCUUAUUUGAGUAAGAGGUCAGAGAAUGAAUGGAGAAGUGUAUUGUCAAAANUAGAAAUAAUUCCCAAUACUCAAGUUCAGAACAUCCUAAGAAUAAGCUUUGACGGCUUAUGUAGUGAAAUGGAAAAGGAUAUAUUUCUUGAUGUAUGNUGUUUCUUUAUUGGUAAAGAGAGAGANUAUGUCACGGAGAUACUAAAUGGCUGUGGACUACNUGCUGAUNUUGGAAUNANAGUUCUUAUAGAACGUGGUCUUNUAAAAAUUGAAAAGAACAANAAACUUGGAAUGCAUCAUUUGCUUCGGGACAUGGGACGAGAGAUUGUGCGUCAAACUUCANCAAUGCAACCUGGGAAGCGCANUAGAUUGUGGCUUCCCAAGGAUGUACUUGAUGUAUUGACAAAGAAUACUGGGACAGAAGCUAUUGUGGGGUUGUCUCUGAACAGUGAGUUAACGAACAGUGAUUCCUUCAAAGCUGAUGCUGAUGCUGAUGCUUUUAAGAAAAUGAAGAUGUUGAGAUUCUUGCAACUUGAUCAUGUACANCUGACUGGAGAUUAUGGGUGUCUUUCUAAGCAACUGAGAUGUAUCUCCUGGAAAGGAUUUUCUUUAGAGUACAUACCUAACAACUUUUACUUGGAAGGUGCAAUUGUGAUUGAUUUCCAACACAGUAAUCUCAUACUAGUGUGGAAAGAACCCACGGUUUUGCCGUUGCUAAAAAUCCUCAAUCUUAGUCAUUCAAAGUACUUGACAGAAACCCCUGACUUUUCAAAAUUACCAAGUCUUGAAAAGCUCAUUCUCAAGCAUUGUGUAAAUUUGGACAAGGUACACCAAUCGAUUGGAGAUUCACACAAUCUUCUACUAAUAAAUUUGAAAGGCUGUACAAACCUAAGCAAUCUCCCAAGUGAGACAUAUAAGUUGAAAUCUUUGAAAACUCUUAUCCUAUCUGGCUGUCUGAAGAUUGACAUCUUUAAAGAAGAUAUAUUACACAUGAAAUCUUUGAAAACUCUAUUUUCUGAAAAUACUGCUGUGAAACAAGUUCCCAUUUCAGUUGUAAGCUCAAAAGGCAUGGGAUAUAUACAUGUAGACGAAGAAAAGGGAUUAUCAGUUACUGUUCUUCAUACUGUCAUUUUGUCUUGGAUUUCUCGUAAUUUUAAUCCCCUGUAUCGUAUUCGUCCGUUUCGUGGCAUUUCAUCAACUCUAGUUUCCAUGAAUGUGGAACAUAAUGAUUUAGUAGAUCUAGCACCAAUCCUUAGAAGCUUUUUAAAACUGAGUACUGUUUUAGUGCAAUGUGUCACGGAGUAUUCAAUACUUCAACAAGUAACAGUAUUUUUGGAAGAAGUUCAACAAGUUGGUCCUGUAACUUGGACUAGAUCUACACAACUUUCCAACCAUCCAUUCAGUCCAUAUUUGAUUCAAUUUGGAGGUUAUCAAGAAGAAGUCUUUAAUACUCUCCGCAGACGCCUUUAUGAUGAGGGAUUGGCAGUCAGACAAACUCGUAAAGUUUUUCAGUCUAGUCACAAUUAUCCUCAUUGGUUUGCUUAUAAGAGUGAGGGACACUCAGUCAAUUUCACCGUGCCUGACAAUUUUCACAUGGAUGGAAUGAUUUUGUGUGUUGAGCAUUUAUCACGCUUGGGAGACCCAACUCAAUAUCUUAUUUGUGUCUUAAUGGUUAAUUACACAAAGUGCAUAAUCCAGUUCUUCAAUCGACAAACAAUAACUUCCUGGAAAGAUGUUGAUUGGCAGGGCGCGAUAUCACCACAUCUGAGAUCUGGAGACAACUUGAAGAUUUUUAUUAUUUUUGAGAAAGGAUUUGAAAUCCAGAAGACAGCUGUCUAUCUUGUGUGUAAUGGAUCAACUGACAGAAAGUCGAUGUAA